AUGCUGGUUACUCUGGAAGCGAGGACAGCGCAAGGUACUGGUAAUUUGUUUGUCAAGAAAUAUGCAGUGAAAAAUUUGGUAGGCAACGUUGCUAAACUUUAUCACAGGUUCUGUGCUGAUGGCUCGUUGGACCCUAACAAGGUGAAAGGGAAGCUUGUCUUGUGCGAGUUAGGAGGGUGGGGUGCUGAUUCUGUGGUUAAAGGUAUUGGAGGGGAAGGCAUUAUUCUUGAGAGUGAGCAAUAUCUUGAUGCUGCCCAAAUUUUUAUGGCACCAGCAACCAUGGUCAAUGCCACAGUCAGCGACGCAGUGAAUAAUUAUAUACAUUCCACAAUGUCUCCAUCAGCAGUGAUACACAAAUCCCAAGAAGUACGAGUCCCGGCUCCAUUUGUCGCUUCCUUUUCAUCUCGAGGUCCAAAUCCAGGAUCAGAACGCAUUCUCAAGCCUGACGUUGCAGCACCAGGAAUUGACAUUUUGGCAUCAUUCACUCCCUUGAAGUCGCUUACCGGGCUGAAAGGUGAUACACAGUACUCAAGAUUUUCUCUUAUGUCAGGGACUUCCAUGGCUUGCCCUCAUGUUGCUGGGAUAGCCGCCUAUAUAAAGUCAUUUCAUCCAACUUGGACUGCAGCAGCAAUCAAAUCCGCCAUUCUGACAACAGCAAAAUCUAUGAGCUCCAGGGUGAACAACGACGCAGAAUUUGCCUAUGGUGCUGGUCAAAUAAAUCCUGAUAGAGCUAGAAACCCUGGCCUAGUCUAUGAUAUGGAUGAGAUGUCUUACAUUCAGUUCCUAUGCCACGAAGGCUAUGAUGGAUCCUCCCUAUCUGUUUUAGUUGGUUCAAAAUCCAUCAACUGCUCCUCAUUGCUUCCUGGACUUGGCUAUGAUGCUCUUAACUAUCCCACUAUGCAACUUAGUGUCAGAAAUGAGCAGGAACCAACCACAGGUGUUUUUAGAAGGACAGUUACCAAUGUAGGUCCUUCUGCCUCCAUCUACAAUGCAACCAUCAAGGCUCCUCUAGGAGUAGAAAUCGCGGUAAAACCUAAUAGCCUCUCCUUCUCUCGUGCUUCGCAGAAGCGAAGUUUUAAGGUUGUGGUUAAGGCAAAACCUAUGUCAAGACCUCAAAUAUUGUCAGGUUCUCUUAUAUGGAAAAGCAAUCGUCACAUUGUAAGGAGCCCUAUCGUUAUUUUCAAAGCACUGGACUAA